AUGGCAUUUUCCGACGAGCAGCAAGCCGAGUUGCAAAGUCAGCUGCAACAGGCAAUCACUGCCUGCAACGAACGAUGUCUUUACUUCGCCGCCAAGUGGUCUGCAGAGCUGCUCAACUCCUUCGCCGAGCCCGAGUCGUAUCCUGAUACCUCGGAUACGGAAAUCGAUGAAGAUGAUGACCUCCCUCCACCACCUGCCAACAAAGACCGCAAUGAGGCGAGAUUGGAAGCCAAGGAGCUGCCUCGCUACCUCAUGGCCAAGUCAUUCUUCGACUGCCGAGAGUUCGAUCGUUGUGCUGCCGUCUUCUUACCUGGUCAAGUUCCACAUAGCAUUCCCGCGACCAAACCACUUUCGCCUUCGAAGGUACAAGUAGUACCAAAAUCAAAGCACCAUCGAACUCCUUCUGCAGCUAAACCACAGCCGCCAACUCUCCCCCGGAAACUCAGUCAGAAAUCACUUUUCCUAGCGCUUUACGCGAGAUAUCUCUCGGGUGAGAAGCGGAAGAACGAGGAAUCUGAGGCGAUACUUGGGCCGCAUGAUGGACCUUCAAGUGCCAACAAGGAGGUGGCCACAAUUUCUGCCAUUCUCGAGGAGUACUUUGAAGCUCGUGGUGGCCUACAAAACACGAACAACUCCCAAGGAUGGCUCGACUACCUAUAUGGAAUCAUAUUGAUCAAGUCAAAAUCGGAACCGCUCGCGAAGCAGUGGCUACUGCGUAGCGUCAACAUCAAUCCCUACAAUUGGUCCGCAUGGCUGGAAUUGGCCUCGCUCAUCGACGGCCUUGAAGAUCUACAGCAAGUCAGCCAAUACCUGCCGCGAAAUGUCACCACGUUCUUCUUUCACAUUCACUGCAGCCAAGAGUUGUUCCAACAGGAGCCCGAAGUCUACAACACCCUUUCACACAUGCAGGCCAUCUUCCCUCGGUCAGCAUUUCUACAGCAGCAAAAGGCACUUCUCCUCUACCACGCAAGGGACCACGAUGCUGCAAUGGAGCUCUUCGAUAGUCUAUUGAGGAGUCACCCUCACCGCCUGGAUGGGAUGGAAAUCUAUAGCAACCUGCUAUACGUCCUUCCGAAUCGGCCCAAGCUAGCUACACUGGCAGCCCUGGCGAGUGAAACCGACAAAUUCCGACCAGAAACGAACUGCAUCCUGGGCAACUAUUAUAGUCUUAUAUCCGAGCACGAGAAAGCCGUUCUCCAUUUCCGACGCGCCCUUUCAUUAGAUCGGAAUUUCCAGGCGGCAUGGACUCUCAUGGGUCAUGAGUAUAUCGAGCUGAAGAACACCCAAGCCGCGAUCGAGUCUUACCGUCGUGCUGUCGAUACGAACCGCAAGGAUUACCGCGCCUGGUACGGCUUGGGUCAGGGUUACGAAAUGCUCGAGUGUCACAGCUACAGUCUUUUCUACUACCAACGCGCUGCGUCCCUUUGCGGUGGAGAUCCGAAAAUGUGGGCGGCCGUCGGCAAUGCAUACAGCAAGUGCGGCAAGACAACAAACGCUCUUCAAGCUUUCAAGAGAGCAUUAAUCGUAGGCAGCCAGGUCGAAGCGGGCGCUAGCUUUGGAAGCGGAGCAUCGGAUCCUCUUGCAGGAGCGGUCGGYGGUGCUCUAGACCCGCAAAUAUUAUACGACAUCGCGCUUCUGUAUGAAAAAGUUCACCAGAUGGAUGAAGCUGCCGCAUACAUGGAGCUCACGCUCGCGCAAGAGGAAGGGCCAGAAGAAGGCGAUGAGGGUCUGGGUGUUACUCAAAUCACAUCAAGGGCGCGACUCUGGCUUGCAAGGUGGAGUUACCAGUGUGGAGAGUGGCAAAGGACCAUGGAGCUUGCCAAUGAGCUCUGCCAAGAUGGCGUGGAGGUUGAGGAUGCGAAAAGCUUGGUUAAAGAUGUGAGGGCGAGAUUAAGUCUGCAAGAUACGGACGAAGAAGGCGGCGACAACGUGACUGAGCAAGACCUGGAUUGA